AUGGACUUCCUGCGUCUGCCGGUUGAGGUGCAGAAUCAAAUUCUUCAAACGAUGAUGCUGCUUGGUGAGAGACGGGACGAGACUGCCGUACGAACAGUCUUCAAAUUUGCCCGGGCCAGCAAGGCAUGCUGGCGGCUGGUCGAGAAAAUGCCGGGCAAGCGUUGGAAUAAGACCUUACUCCACGAUCAUGGCGGCACCUACCUGUACUGGGGCGAAAGACGGGCUCCACUUCAACUAAGCACAUGCCGCCUGCUUUUUGGCGAUUCUACAGUCAACCGGCUGCUGCUAUUCAAAGCUGGAAUGCUUCCUACCGUCCGGGCGGAUUCGAUUUUGAUCGAGUACCCUGUCGACGACAUGCUGCAGGUACUGAAACAGCACAAACCACGCGACGCAAGCUAUUCGGUGGCCGAGAUUUGGGACUUGCCCCCGAAUGCAAACUUAAUACAAUUCAUGAAUGAUGAGCUGAAAGACAGCCAGCUUGUGCUUCGUCGACUGACGGCACCGCUAGGGAAUUACCUUAAGCUCAAGCAUACGUGGAUAGACGUACGGGUCGACGACCGGAUAGACGGGGAAGAAAAUCUCGAGGCGGCCCAGAAUCAGUUGAUCGAGGAGUGGCUAGAUGGGGAACGUGAAUGCGGGCAGUUCUGCCUACAAACUGUGAUGGAGCAUCGCGGUAGCACAUAUAUCGUGACCGGAUAUGAAUCAGAAGACGAUGCCCCACCACUACACGACGAUGAGAAGGGAGUAACGAGGGAAGAUGGACUAUUUAUAAGAAUCACUUAUCUUCGGCCCUAU